AUGACCACGCCCACCCUCUCUAACGGUCUGCACGCCGAGGACCCGCUCGUCAAUGGGGUCAAUGGCAUUCGGACACCAAGGACUCGUCCCAUCAACGUCUUGAAGUUUGGUGGGACGAGUGUGGGAAAAUUUCCUUUAGAUAUUGUCAAUGUCGUCAAGUCUUGUUCCUCCAACACUGAUGUCGCAAUAGUCUGCUCAGCAAGAUCGAGCAGCACCAAAGCCGCCGGCACGACGAACCGUCUCUUGCGAGCAGCCACCGAGGCAGAGAACCAUGGAUCCCAUGGUUUCAAACGGUUAAUCCAAGAUGUUCGGACGGAUCACGUGGAGGCCGCUGAAACCUAUAUCCAGUCUGAGAAGAUACGGGCGCAGAUACGGACGGAAUUUGAAGACGAGUGUUCGUUGGUGGAGCGGAUAUUGGAAGCCGCUCAGACUUUGGGCGAGACGAGUCCCCGGUCCAGAGACAAAGUCAUGAGCACGGGAGAAAAGCUCAGCUGUCGUUUCAUGGCAGCGUUGCUGCAGGACCGAGGGAUUGACGCUGAGUAUAUUGACCUCGCGGACGUGAUCGACUUCAGAGUCUCCCACAGUCUGGAUCAGCAAUUCUACGACAACAUGGCAGCCGGGCUGGCAAAACGGCUCCAAGAUAUCCCUCCGGGCGUCGUGCCCGUAAUUACAGGAUACUUUGGAGCCAUCCCCCGAGGGUUGUUGACGACGGUUGGUCGAGGUUACACAGACCUGUGCGCCGCGCUGGUUGCCGUCGGCAUUGGAGCCAACGAGCUACAGAUAUGGAAGGAAGUGGAUGGUAUAUUUACGGCUGACCCGCGGAAAGUCCCGACCGCCCAGUUGAUUCCACGGAUCAGCCCAGCAGAGGCGGCAGAACUCACCUUUUACGGAUCCGAGGUCAUUCACCCUUCCACCAUGGACCAGGUCAUCCGCGCACGGAUACCCAUACGUAUAAAAAAUGUGAUGAAUCCGCGAGGGGGGGGUACCAUCAUCUAUCCAGAUUCUCCGUCGGAGCUGGCCUCGACGCUGUCAGGACACGACCCCAAGCUUUUCCGAUCGAGGAGCCCCAGCCAAUUCACGGAGGGAGACAAGCCGAAGCGCCCGACCGCAAUUACCAUGAAACACAAGAUCUUAGUCAUGAAUAUUCAUUCCAACAAACGAGCCCUAUCCCACGGUUUUUUUGCAGGCAUCUUUGCGACCCUGGAUAAGUGGCGGUUGUCGGUCGAUGUGAUUUCCACCAGCGAGGUGAACAUGUCGAUGGCCUUGCACUCCGAAGCCCCCCUCUACACGGGAGGAGGGGACGAUGAAUACCAGAUCGUGGAUCACGACCUUCGGGGAGCCAUCGAGGAAUUGCAGAACUUUGGAACCGUCGACAUUAUUCCAGAAAUGGCAAUCGUCAGUCUCGUGGGUAAGCAGAUGAAGAAUAUGAUCGGCAUUGCUGGAAAGAUGUUCUCGACACUGGGUUCGAACAACGUCAAUAUUGAAAUGAUCUCGCAAGGAGCUAGUGAGAUCAACAUCUCUUGUGUGAUUGCAGAACGCGAUGCUGAUCGAGCUUUAAACAUCCUGCACACCAACUUGUUUACAUUCCUCGAACCCUGA